GUUAUUUCCCCUGUGCAGAUAUGCGCGUUGUAAACUUCCGGCGUCCCCGUUGCCAGGCUAAUUUUCACCUCAGCAGUGGUCUCUAAAAUCCCUUGUAGAAACUCUCUGAGAUAGACAAAUCUAGAAUGGCGAAAGUUGCCAUGGACAGCAGGUCAUUUCAGACUCUACUAGAUCGCAUCAACCAGCAAACAUCAUACACAGAGAAGAAGGUUGAGAUAUUGUACAGUUCUAGAGGACAUUUCACAGCAAAUCAGGCAUCACAGAUUUUAUUAGCAUUCAAAGCACCUUCUGACAAAGUUAGAGCAAUACAGAUAUUAGAACCACGACUUUGUCGAAUGUCAUGUCAAGAAGCAAGGGAAGUUCUUAAUGUCAUAACCGUACAGAACGAUAAAUUAAUAGCAUUAGACUGUGUAAAAAGAGUGUUAACAGAUUACCAAACCAAGCUAGGAGAGGAGUAUAUUCUGAGUUCAUUCCCCUUUGAAGAUGGCAAGAUUAUGGCAAUACAAAUUCUGAAAACAGUCGGCUCCUAUGUAAGUGAAAAGACACCAGCUGGAGGCCACCAGGGUUAUGCUGCUCUAGGAGGAUUAUACACACAAGCCAGACCAAUGUGUACACAUUUAUAUGGACCUUUAUAUCAACAGGAACAGAUGAUUCCGGGUCGAGGUAAAAUUGAGAUUCCUCCAGAGGCCCAGCCAGGAGUCGUGCCAUCAGUUUACACUGGCCAUCCAUCCUAUGCUUACCCUCUAGACAAGAGCUAUGCUGCCGAUCGUGGUUAUCCAGGCAAUGUCCCACUCACACAGCCUGUCAUGCAACACGAAACAUACCCAGCAGGUGCCCCUCCUCUGGGGUUCCAUACAGGGAAUCCAUUCUCUACAGGAUUCCCAGGGCUAGAAAGGGCAUAGAUUAGAUUUACCUGUAAACUGUGAACAAUCAUGAUAAAAGCCAUUUGUUUGUAAAGCAUAUAUCUGCCAAUAACAAAGUUUGUAAUACAGAAAGCAUUUUGUGAUAAAAUUUAAGCAAAAUUUUAUAUUUACAAACUUAUACCAUUCCAGAUGUUUAUUAUUUUACAUGAUAUUUUCUGUUAUGUUUUUAGUAUUGUGUUACAUUGUUAUAGAUUAAUUUUAAAAAUCAUCUUCUAAACUUGAAACUUUGCACUCUCGGUUAAUUUCAUAUUGAAUAAUGGAGAUAUUAGUUUUGUUUAAAACGUUGCUUUCAUAAGUCUUCCUGAUUCUUUCUUUAAUUAAUCUUAAUCUCUAAAUUUUCAAAAUGGAAAAUACCAUUGGUUUAUCAACAAAGGUAUUUUUCCAUUUCUUUCUUUUUUUUGUUUAUUUUCACAGAAGUCAAUAAAUGGCAGAAUGUGAAUUUGCUGUUAUCUGAAAAAUCAAUCUCAGACUUUAAUAGAUUUUUAUUUUUUAUUGCCAACAGGGUUUUAUCUUUACUAUAGUUUUUUGUCUGUGAUACUACUAUAUAUUUAUACAUUUGUACAUUAUAUGUGUUUGUCUCUUUAUGCUUUGUACAUGCAUGCUGAUAUUUCUAGGUGCAUAAUUGUUAUAGCUUUUAAUUUGUUUUUGUAUUUCUAUUAAUUUAUAUAUUUGAGCUUGUUGAGUUUUUAUAGAAUUUUAAAACGAAUUUAUACAUUAUAUGUGUAAAUCUCUCCACCGCCCCAGUAUUGACCUGUAAAUCUCUGAUUGCUGUUAUAGAUUGUCACUUCUUAAUAACAUUGUGUGGAGCUUGUAUACAGAACACUUAAUAAAUAAUUUCAAUUCUUA